AUGUUGCGGAACACGCUCUUCACCUCGUCGCUGCUAGCGGUGCUCUGUCUGGCCCUGCUCUCCACACUGGCGUCUGCCUUGCCCUCAGCAACAGGCAACCGUGUCCUCGUCGUCAUUGAUCAGGCUUCAAAGCAGGCUUACUCCACCUUCUUCGCUUCCUUGACCUCCAGAGGCUACCAAAUUGACUUUAAGGCUCCUCGCGAUGUCAAGCCGCAACUUGUCCAACACGAUGUGCUUUCGUACGACCAUCUCGUCCUUCUUUCUCCCUCGAGCAAGUCGUUGGCUGCCGACAUCUCGCCGCAACAGCUCGUAGAAUACCUCAAGAUCGGAGGCAAUAUGAUUGUUGGCUUGGACUCGAACGUCAGUGAAAUGCACCGUGACUUUGCUCGCGAGUUCUCGCUGGAGUUUGAGGAGAAGGCAAGUGCGCUCGUCGACCACUUCCGGUACAGCAGCAAGCACGACGCUGGCAACCACACCGCAGUGCUUGUCGGCGGAAAUAAGAGCGCAGCUACUGCUGGUCUCAGUGCCGGUGGUCUGGUGCAGAAUCCCAAUGUGUUUUCUGAAGAGACACUGCGUGCGGCCAAAGAAGCUCCACUGCUCUACCGGGGCAUUGCACACCGCGUCGGCGCCAACCCGCUUGCCUUCCCACUCAUCCUCCCACCCUCCACCAGCUACUCUUCCGAAGUGCCCUCCCUCGUCAAGGAGCAGGAUGCAGUCUCCGAAUCUACGUCGUACUCCACCCCUGCGCCCGUGACUGUCACCACGACCAAGAUCGUCGAUGGCGAAACCCAGACUUCCGAGGUACUCUCGACCCCCCGCGCUGUGCCUACUGUGAUCAAGAGCAAGUCGUCCAGCAAGCUCGGCAAGAACGGCUGGGUCGCCAAGAACCGUCAGAGCCUCGACGCACUCGAGACGCGCAAGGAGCUCGUUGCCGGCAUCUCCACAUCUGCUUCGGGCAAUUCGAUUGUCUCGCUCGUCUCUGGGUUCCAGUUGGCAUCCAACAGCGCUCGAGCCGUGUUCCUCGGUUCGACGGAUCUGCUCUCGGACGCAUUCCUCGCCGACACGGACUCAGGAGCUGUCAACAAGCUCGUAGCAAGCGAUUUGACGAGCUGGACAUUCCAGGAGAAGUCGGUGUUGAAAGUGGUUGCUACCCACCACCACCGCGUCAAGUCUGAUCCGACGGAUACACGCGAAGACUACGAAGAGACCGAAGCGGGCAACAAGAUGUACCGCAUCAAGGACCAUGUGCACUACAGCGUAGAUAUGGUGCAGCACCAUCCGAAGCUCGGAUGGAUCCCUGCUGACCAGACCCUCGACCUCCAAGUGUCGUUCAACAUGCUCGACCCAUACAUCACCGCGCAUCUCACCCCCGUCGACGCGGGCAACUUCACCCACAUCUCCCCGUCCUCCGCCACCGCCGCCGGAGAGAGCAAAGCAUUCACGCGCUUCGAAACCACCUUCCAGGUGCCCGAUCGUCACGGCGUGUUCACGUUCCAUCUCAACUUCAAGCGAGCCGGGUUGACGUUCGUCGAGGCCAAAGACACUGCGCCUGUGAGGCCGUUCAACCACGACGAGUAUCCGAGGUUCUUGAGCUCGAGUUGGCCGUACAUCACAGGGGCGUUCAGCACGGUGGCUGGAUUUUUGGUGUUCAGCGCAAUCUGGUUGACGAUUCGAGAGGAACCGCGGGCGGGCAAGAAGAACAAUUGA